AUGGUCAGCCAAAUUAAGCCAAAGAUUGUCAAGAAGACAAAGGGCUCUUUCAAUAGAUUCCAGUCUGAUCGCUUCCAUAGAGUUGCUCCAUCAUGGAGAAGACCAAAGGGUAUCGAUAACGCUAUGAGAAGAAGAUUCAAGGGUCAGCCAACCAUGCCAAAGAUUGGAUUCGGUUCAAACAAGGUCACCCGUCACCUCCGUCCAAAUGGCUUAAAAACUGUGGUUGUGAACAACGUAAAGGACGUUGAUCUUUUGCUUAUGCACACAAGCAAGUUCACCGCUGAGAUUGCUCACAACGUCUCCUCAAAGAAGCGUGUCGAAAUUUUAGCUCGCGCCAAGGCACUCAACGUCAAGGUCACAAACGCAGCUGCACGUCUUCGUUCAGAGGAGUAA